AUUUUGUGAUUGGAAAAGAGAGGUGCUCCGGUGUUUGUGACAUAAAAAAAUAUUAUUAAGGGAAGUGAAAAUUAUCGAGAAAAAAAGGGAAUAAAAAGUGAUAAAUAAAUAAAAUUUAUUAAUCAAGUAAAAAAGAAUAAUUUUUUUUGGAUACGAGAAGUGAAGGAACAAGAAGAAGAAGACAUAAAGAAUUUAAAAGUGUGUUUUUUGUUCGUCGUCACGAAAAAAAAAGAUCAAAAGAACAGAAAGAAAUGGUGAAUGCAAAAUCAGAAUCAAUAAAGAUGGACACACAACAGCCUGAAAUUGUUGAACAAAAGAACGAAAGUGUAACCGUUGAGCGUGUUAUGAUUGCAGAAGGAAAUGAGGCGGUGAAAGUUGAAAAAAUAGCCAAAGAUCCUGUGAGUAUAAUUCCAAUUGUGUCAUCACAAGAGCCACCGUCAUCAGUGCAAGAGACAAUCGUGUCAAGUCCUCAAAAUUUACCAACAACGACGGUGAUUUCAACAAGACAACGAAUGAUUACAACACAGGGACAUAUUCGUGAGAUUUCAGUGACACAAUCACAUGAAGUGCCAGAACAAUACGAACAAUAUCAAAUCACUGCAUCUGGUGAUGAUCAAAAUGUCUACACAUAUGAGCCAUCGUCCACAGGAAUUAUUACAAUUAAUCAGCCUGAAAAUCUUCAAACGACUGGAAUUUUAAAGCGUGAUAUUUUAAUUGAAAAGGAACAUCCAGGGAUUUCAGGACCGACAAUUAAUGUCGUUAGUGCUGAACCGCAAACAGUUUAUGUGGAAUUAAAAAAUAAUGGUGAGGAACAGAGAUACAUAACAAAUCCAACAAUCCGAUAUGAAGCACCUGAGCGGUAUCAUCGAUUUGCUUACCACGGAAUUCCAACACACAAUCCACACCUACAGCAUCAACGAGAAGUAGCUCUUAAAUCAGAAGGACCCCAACAUCCACCGCCUCCACCUCAAGAGCUUCAAAUUUAUGAAGCUGAACAUGGAGCUCCAAGUCAUGCACAGCAGUCAGGUGAACAAAGUACAAUUUCCUCCGAACAACAAAAUGAACCAAAGGCACAUUAUACGAAUUUGGAGCCGGUUGCGUCUUCUCAGAGUUCUUAUUAUUUGACAUCUGAAAGUUAUCAACCUUCUAAUAGCAAUAGCUUUACUUACUUACCUACAACGACUUCGAAGGAUGGUCCUUAUAUAUAUCAUCCUAAUAGUCCUGUGCUGUACAAAACAAAACAUCAACCAACACAUUAUACACAAGUUUAUGAGAAUAAUUCAAUGCAAACGUCACCGCCUCAAGUAUAUUAUAAAUCUGAUGGACAAUACGGAUGGCCAGGAGCUAUAGAUUAUAAUCCAGGCUUUGGUGGCACAAUCAUCGUAGAAAAUCCCCAAUCCGAUUACCUUGCAAAUGGUCACCAUCAAUGGCCGAUUGGUGCAGCAAUUGCUGCUGAGUCGUAUGAUCCCACAAUCAUACCAAAUGAUGUGCGAGAGUGUGUUAAUUGCGCGAGUUCUGAUACACCAUUAUGGCGACGUGAUAUGGCCACAGGACAUAAUUUGUGCAAUCGAUGUGCAUUGUAUAAUAAGCAGAAUAAUGUUCCACGACCACCAAAUCGAAUUCCGAAAGCUAAAGCGCCGUCAGCUGCUGCGGGAAACAGAAGAAGCGGUCUAAGUUGUAAUAAUUGUAAUACGACAACAACAACAUUGUGGCGCCGAAAUAGUCAGGGUGAGCCCGUGUGUAAUGCGUGUGGACUUUAUUACAAGCUACAUAAUGUGCAUCGUCCAUUGACAAUGAAGAAGGAUGGAAUACAGACGAGAAAGCGUAAGCCGAAAGCACAAACACCAAUGAAGCCGAUGGACAAAAUUUUACCACCGAUGAUUCCAUCGCAAAUUCAAAUGCCUCAUCAUGAAAUGCACGUAGCCCAACCUUUACCUGCCCAUGAACAUUAUAUUAAUGUCUCACAAUCAUCGACACAUUUGCGUCAUGCGCCUAAUUAUCAAAAUCUAAUCACAUCAGAAAUUCAUCACUCCCAAUAGAAAGCAUAAUAGAACCAGAAGUAGAUUGCAAAAGGGACUCAAUUGACAGCUUUAAUGAACUCAUUUACCUCAUAAAUGUAUAAAGAAAAAAAAAAUAUCCGCGAAAAAAAUAGUGUUUCCUUUUUAGCAAUUCAACUUCUGCAUCACCAAUUGGCAUAUUAAAAUAAAUUAACAAAAUUAAUUAUAACAAUUAACUUUAAGAAGUCAAUAAGAAAAUGAGUAAAAUAAAAAUUGUGAAACUUAAGUGCCAAAUCAUGUAAAUAUAGUAAUGUCAAUGAAUGCAAUUGUGCCAAAAAGAAAAAAAAAAAAUGAAAAUUUAUCCAUUCCAAUUUUACCUCCCUAAAGUGUUGUGUAUAUUUAGUUAUAAAUAUAAGUAUGCAUACAUGAGUGUAUAUUGAGUAUUAACGACAGUAUUUUUUCAUUUUAAAUGUAUUAUAAAUCAGGAUUAAGUUCUUUUUCUUUUCUUUUAUUCACAAAAUAAGCAAAAUUCGAUUUUUUAGAAUUCUUUCAUUUAACCUUUUUUUUUCAAAUGAGAAAAAAAAAAUUAUAUAAAU